UUUGAGAGCUUCCAUUGCAUAGAUACUUACCUAUGUACAUACAUAUAGCCCUUAGAUGACGAAUGACGAUUACAUCUCUAUAACUGUUAGUAUUCUUAUAAAACUUUAAUAAUGAAAUCUAAUCAAAUUAGAAUGGCUGUGGAACGUGAUUUGGAUAAGUCUGAAUACAAUACAAGCAACAAUAUACUAUUCGAUGCCAGCGGACAUUUCAUGAUGUAUCCAACCAUGUUAGGUAUUAAAGUUAUUAACGUUGAGACCAAUAGAUGUGUGUCAAUACUGGGCAAAACUGAUAAUAUACGCCCACUGCAUAUAGCCUUAUUCCAGGGUAAAGCAAAAAAAUCUAAGGCAGCUAUUACACUAGAACAAGAAGCUAGCGACAAUCCUACACUGCAAUCCUUAGCUAAUGAUCCCACGGUGUUUUGUGCCGCUUACAAAAAACCACGUUUUUAUCUAUAUAGUCGACGGUUACCAUCUGAUUUACAAGAUGUGGAUAGAGACGUAUUCAAUGAAAAACCUUCAAAGGAAGAUAUAAUCGCUGUUCCAGAAGGCCAAGAUGAAGGAACACAACGUGUCUAUGAAAAUGCUGUUUUACAUACGACAAUGGGCGAUAUACACAUGAAACUUUUCUUCAAGGAAUGUCCAAAGACAGUAGAGAACUUCUGUGUUCAUUCUAAAAAUGGGUACAUAAAUACUAGACCAUGGUUAGAUAACAAGCAUACAGUUUUUGGGCGCGUAUUUCGCGGCAUGGAAGUGGUACAAAACAUUUGCAACGCAAAAGCAAAUCCUAAAACUGACAAACCAUAUGAUGACAUUAAAAUUAUAUCGAUACGACUAAGUAAUUAAGAAAUACAAAAAAAAAUGUGUAUGUCCUACGAGGGCGGAGAAACCCUUUCUAACUCCUUAACAAUCAAACAGGGAGCACACACAGAAAUAUCAUCCAACAAACCUCCCAACGAGUAAUAAGAGAAUAAGUACUCCCAUAAAUCCUAAAUUUUGUUUUUUUUUCGGUUUUAGCAAUUUUAAAAUAUCUUCCAAAAGAACGCCAAAAGAGGUCAGUCGCAUGAACAAUCGAUUUUGUUCAGCUAAUCUAUUUUAAUCUUCAGUCAUUAAGUACAUUAAAACACACAUAAUAAUAAAUAAAUAUGUAGUUGGCGUAGUGCAUACCGAUAGAUCUUGUUCAAAUAUUCGCGGCAUGCCUGUUUCCUUUUAAAACUUAUUUUCCGUAAGAUUUUUGUUUCAUACUGUUCUUCUCUUAUGAUAACUUAUUCCAAAGGCAGACAACUUCCUUUAAAUUACAGUACUUUUGGCUCUAAAAUCAUUUAAAAAGAACACUCCUUGAUUACUCUGAGUCAUCGCUUUUUGCUCUUAAGCGAUUAAUACAGGAGUACAAAACCAAAAAGUCUCUCUUAUUGCUCCGAAACCAAGCCAAAGGGAUUUCUCAUUUAGGGAGAUCGCCCUUAAAGCUUGGUGGUGUUCUAAAUAUAUAUAUAUAAUAAAAUUUAAGGUUUCAGCUGCUAAAACAAUAUUUUUGUUAAUCCACAAUUUACUUACCAUCUAAAAUCCAAUCGAAAUAAAAACGGAAUAAUGAUUAGUGCUA